CCAUAUGUUGCUUUGGAGUGCAAUCACCGUUCUAUAUGUUAACAGUAAAUCAUCGUUGCUGAAACGAACCGGAUGUGGCUGUGAUUCUUUCGCAACCGUCUGACAACCGCUACACCUGCACCGCCCCGUUUCCUCUUACGGUUCGCGUGUUCCGGCACCUUCUCUCCUAUCCCUGCAGCUUCGGUCCAAUAAUUCAAGGUCAAGUAGUUCUGAGCUAUAAUGAUGGCUGUGAACAGGUCCUUCAGCGACGUAAGAAAAGUCAUUCUAUUCGCGCAAAAAAGCACGGGUGCCGAGGAAAAGGUUGCUUUCUACAACGACUGGGCUAGUAAUUAUGAGCAGGAUGUCGGCAUCCUGGAAUAUCGAGCUCCUUCUCUGGCAGCGGAGCUCCUGUCUGCCGCCUAUCGGGGAAAUAGGGACACGGCGGCCGUACUAGACGUUGCUUGCGGAACCGGGCUUGUUUCCUCAGAGCUGCAUAAUAUGGGAUUCCGUAACUUUUUUGGGGUGGACGGCAGUCAUGCCAUGCUAGAUAUAGCCAAAAGGAAAGGCCUUUACAAAGAGCUGAAGCAGUGCAUGCUGGGAAUGGAACCACUUCCUGUUCAAGCUGGGUCAUUUGAUGCAGUUGUUACUGUUGGGGCCCUCAGUGCUGGUAAUGUGCCUGUCGCUGUUGUCAAGGAGCUGUGGCAGGUGGCUAAGCCAGGGGGCUAUGUGUGCAUAACAACGAGGGGAGAUGUGGACAAUCUGAAGUACAGGACUGAGUUGGAGAACACCUUCGACAGCAUGGUGCAGGAUGCCCUGUGGGUGCAGGUGGAUGUGAGAGAAGUGGAGCAAUGGGAGAGGGCGGUGUCAAAUAAGGAGGCAGAGCACAUCCCUGGGGUAGUGUACCUGUACAGGAAGUCAUCAGAUUGAGGUGACCUAUCAACAAGGGAAGAGUUUGACGUCUUUGAUCAGGGGCUUGUGAUCUUGGCGUGAUUUAAUAAUCAUGGGAACAAAAGGGAGUUUUUUUUUUUUCUACAAAUCUCUUGAAAGUUAUGCUCCAAAGAUGGCAACCGUAGCAAACAAACCCACAAUGCCUUGCAUCCUGACAUCAUCGCCAUGAAAAAUUCACUCAGACUACAAGAAACUUUACAUACUUGAACAUAUCCACUGCGAAGGGGGUGAUGUAAACCAGAGGUAGGCAACCUUCAUCCUGGAGUGCUGGUAUCUUGCUGGUUUCCCAUCCCAGGAUGCUGGCACUUCAGGAUCAAGGUUGCCUACCCCUGGUGUGGACCAUAUGUGCUUUAUCUGUCAUUAAAGUCAAGUUUGCAUUGAUUCAGAGCUUGAUCCAGGGUGUCCCUCACCCAGUAAUGGCCUUCUGUCAUUCUUUAUUAUCUUUUGUGAUGUCUUAACACUAGAACUACCAAGGUGGUCAUUUUGACCAUUUUAAAAUAUUAAAAUGCAAUUACUUUUUAAAAAUAAAACCCACAUAACUACGGGACCCU